CCGAAUGCCCCUCCUCCCCCUCCUCCGCCCUCGCGCCUUGCCUUUGCAGCCCGUGUGCCUCGUUUGUUUCCCCUCGCUUCGCCUCGCGUUCUCGUCUGCCACAACACAAUAAUGUAUCCCUUCGUGGAUUACUACCAGGUGCUCAAUGUCCCGAGGGAUGCCUCGCUGGCGGACAUCCGUGUUGCCUUCAUGCAGAGCGUCUGCGUGGCGGCCGACCCGCUGAAGAGCCUCGAUCGCCUGGCCGCCGGUGCGCAUGACCCGCAUGACCCGAACCACCCGGGCCACGAUGAUGAGCAUCCCCACGACCCGGACCACGACCACGACCACGACCACGACCACGACCACGACCACGACCACGAGCAUGAGCACGAGCACGACCACAAGCACAAGCAUCACCACCACCAUGAGCACCACCACUACCUCCACCGGCCGGAGGGUGGUGCCCGGCGCGGCCGCGUGGCCGGCGCCGCCAGCGCCGCCCAGGCCACCUUCUACACUAGCCAGAGCUCGCCGGCCGUCAGCCUGGCCGGCGCGGCCCAGGCCCAGGAGACCUCGCGCAUUGUCACCGACAUGUUCCUGACCGCGUAUCGCAUUCUGUCUGAUGCCACCACGCGCCGCAUCUACGACCAGUUCAUCCGCCAGUGGGAGUCCAAGCUGGCGCGCGUGUGCGCCCAGACGUGCCGCUCGUCCGGCGCCGCCGCCGCGGCCGCCACCGCCGGCAUGUCCAUCGAGGAGAGCCACCAGCGCACGCGCCUGGCGGUGGCCUUCGCGGCGGCGGCCGCCGCGGCCGCCCGCAACCGCGCCGACGUCGACACCCAGCUGCACGUCCGCCGGCGGGUGUGCAUCGCGGCGGCCGCGCGCAUUGGCCGCCAGCGCCGCAUCGUGCGCAAGGCCGGCCGCCAGGCGGCCCUCGUGGCCCAGACCCGCCUGUGCACCGGGUCCCAGCAGCGGUGCUCGUGGACCGGCGGCUCGGCCGACGGCAGCCCCGGCUGCCGGGCCCGGCGCCCGGCCCCGGCCACCCCGCCCCGCGCCCCGGCCCCGGGCAGCAGCUACGCCUCGGUGGCGGCGGCCGCCGCGGCCGUCGGCGCCUCGCGCCUGGCCGCCAGCCGCAAGGUCUACCUCUUCAGCAGCAGCGGCAGCGGCAGCGGCAGCGGCAGCGGCAGCAGCGCCCUGCCGGCGGCCACCAUGGAGCUGAAGGCGCGCGCGGCGGCCGGCACCGGCGGCAGCCUGACCGUGGUCCCGCCGCCCCCGCCGCCCAAGUGCCUGAAGCCCACCAUCGUGGUCCGGGGCUUUGACCCGGCGGCGGCCACCAUGGAUGCCGGGCUCUUCCAGGGCCCGGUGUACAUCCACGAGGCCGGCUCGCAGGAGGUGGCCCGGUCGACCUUCGGCGCGGGGCGCCGCCGGCGGCCGACCGCCACCCCGCCCCCGCCCCCGCCCCCGCCCCUGCCGAUGGCCAGCAGCCCGGCCGACAGUGUGGCCGGCGGCGGCAGCCUGGUGGCCCCGGCGCCGCCGGCCAAGCCGGUGGCCCCGGCCCCCGCCGCCCGGCCGGUGACCAUCCGGUCGUACUCCACCCUGGCCGAGGUGGCGGCCCAGAUCGCGCGCGAUCGCUUCCCCCACGUCCUGUCGGAUGCCAUCACGGUGACCGAGUUCUCGAAGGCCGCGGCGGCGGUGGCCGCGGUGGCCGCCAAGCCGGUGGCCCCGCCGCGCCCGCGCCGCGCCUCCUCCCCCCCGACCGCCGCGGCCGCCGCCCCGGCGUCGUCGCCCCACCCCCCGGCCAGCCUCCUGUCGCUGGCGGACCUGGCCGUGUCGGUGGCCACCGCGGCCCUGGCCGCCGCGGAGCGCCGCCACCGCCGCACCCCGGGGGCCGCGCCCGCCGCCGCCGCCGCCCCGGCGGUGCCGGCCCGCGCCGCCGCCGCCGCCCCCCCGGCCCCCGCCCCCGCCCCGGCCAUGGCCCUCGACGCCGGCAGCCAGAACAUGCGCUACGGGUCCACCCCGCGCGGCUGGCUGUCCGCCGACAAUGCCGCCGAGUACUAUGACCUCCUGGCCAUGACGCCCCCGGGCCCGGGCCAGCAGCCGGUCUGCUGGCGCCGGCUGGUGUGGAUCCGCCAGGCCGACGGCAGCUGGGUCCAGCUGCCGCCCUGCCCGUCGCCGGCGCUGCUCGAGCGCCGGGCCAUGCUGCUGAAGUCCCCCUUCGCCUCGCUCCGGCAGAAGGUCAGCAACCAGGCCGCCCUCCGGGCCCUGGAUCGCAACCCGGAGGUCUCGCGCCGGGUGGCCCUGGUCACCCUGAGCGACGACCCGCGCAGCCAGGGCGCCUCGGCCUGCGGCUGGCGCGGCGCCGAGCACCCGGCCCCGGCCCUGGCGCGCGACUCGUCGCCGUCGGCCUGCCCCGCCGUGGCGGCCGACGCCGCCCCGGUGUCCACCCUCGGCGGCAGUGCCAUCCGCGAGUCCCGGCCCCCGGCCGGCCUGACCACCGGCACCCCGGGCGUGUGGAUCCGCACCCACGGGUCGUGGACUUGCAUCCGCUGCUGAUUUGGCCACAGGGGGGGGGGGGCGGGGGGAGACAUGGCUCCGGGCGUGGCCGGCUGUGCCCGCGCCCGGCCCCCCGUCCCUGCUGCUGCUCGCGCACUCCCUCUUUCCGCGUCUGCCUCGCCCGCCUGGCCGUGUGUCCGUGCUCGCGUGUCUGUCUCACUGUGUGUGUGUGUGUGUAUGCACAGGGGCACGCACAGUGCCAUGCCGACGGAUGAUGGGUGGGCGCUGGUAGGCGGACCCGGGGCGCGGCGCGGCCCGCCGCGCGCGAGGGCACAACACCAAGAGGCGGGGACUCCCGAGGGGGGAUGGGCACAUCGCCUCUUUCCCCCCGGCGCCCCGGGUCCCCGCUGUCCUCCCUCCAAUCAUGUGUGUGUGGCCAGCGGUGCCUUUUUUUUUGUCGGGCCGCCGGCCAGGCGUGUGCCUGCUCUCUCGGGGAGGGAGCCUUGCUGCUCCUCCGACGGGGGGAAGGCCCGUCUGCCCGGGCGUGCGACGGGGAGAGAGAGGCCAGGGGUGAACCGCGCCUCGCCUGCGAGAGCCGCACCGCUGCAUGUGCGUGCGCCCGCGCCCAUCUCGCCCCCCCCCCCGUGAGAAUGGCACAUACAUACGCGCACGAUGGUGCCGGGCGGUCCUCAGCCGCGCCACCGGGUCUCCCGCGCGUGUGCGCCCCCCUCCAUCCAGCGUAACGGGAAGGCGCCGCGUGCCUUUCGCCUGCUCGAAGAUAGAGAGAAAGUUCUCCGCGCGCGCGCACGUGUGUGUGCGCCCGCGCUCAGGUUUUAAAACACAAGCAUAUAAAAGAACCGGAAACGAAA